GCAGGGUGAUAUAAAUCGUAAGCGGCACAAAAUUCGCUCUCCAGAACUCUGUUCAGGCCAAACCUCGUCUGGGCGUAAAAGCAAUCUUUGUCAGGACUUAGGAGCGACCAUGGCGAGAGAGAGACCUAAAAGAGGCGCGUUGCCUCCCGCCGAGGAGACUAUAGAGAAGCUAGGGAAAACCAUAAACGAUGGAAACCACUAUGGUGCCCAACAGAUGUACAAGUCUUUUAGUGCAAGAUAUGUAUCUGCUGAGAGAUAUGCUGAAGCAUUGGAUAUCCUUCAAUCAGGUGCUUGCAUCCAACUGAAGCAUGGGCAGGUUACUUGCGGUGCUGAGCUUGCUGUACUAUUUGUGGAGACCCUUGUUAAAGGGAAAUUUCCUUGUAAUGAGGAAACUCUUGAUCGUAUCAGGGAAAUCUACAAGAUGUUUCCACAGAUUUCUGUGCCACAAAAAUUAGAGGCCGAUGAUGACAUGGAAAAGCUUUCUGAAGCUUUGGGGGCAGCAAAAACACGUGUAGAGGGUUGCUCAUCAUUUCUGAAAGCUGCAAUUAGGUGGUCUGCAGAAUCUGGAGCUUCCAGUGGUGGAUCUCCUGAAAUACAUGAAAUGUUAGCAGAAUAUUUAUUUUCUGAAUCUCCUGAAAUGACUGCUGCUUUUCAGGACAUGGCUAGAGUGUCAUUUCAUUUUGUCCGAGGAAAAUACCCUGAAAAGUUUGCUACAUCACUGGUGAAUUUUAUGGGAAAGUGCUAUCCAGGUGAAGAUGAUCUGGCCAUUGCACGUGCAGUUCUGAUGUAUUUGUCACUAGGUAAUCUGAAAGAUGCUAAUUAUCUCAUGGAUGAGAUAAAGAAACAAGUUAAAGAUAAGCAACUUGCUUUACCACAGUCAGAUUUGAUCCAGUUCAUCAUUUAUCUUUUGCAGACCUUGGAAAGAGAUGCUUUUCCGCUUUUUAAUAUUUUGAGACAAAAUUAUAAGUCAAGCAUAGAAAGAGAACCUGCACUUGAAGAGUUGCUAGAUGUGAUUGCAGAGAAAUUUUAUGGAGUACGGCGUAGAACUCCCCUCCAAGGGAUGUUUGGGGAUAUCUUUAAGAUGAUGGGUGGUGAUGUAACAGCUUGAUAAUCACUCAAACUCUACUUAAACUGAUUCAGCAUUGCCACCUGGGGUUUUGGUUAUGGUUUUCAUAUGAAUGAACAUUCUUUACACAAGGAAAAUUUCUAAAUUUUUUCUCUAAAAUAUUGAUAUAAUGAAUUUUCAGUGUGGACUGAGGCCGAUCUCUUCUCAAAAUUGUACCAAAGGCAUAUCCAUGCUAAAGCUUUUGCAUGUUAUUGUACUAUUUAUGGUGUGAGUGAAAGAAUUUUGGCGUGUGCUUGCUAAAUA